AUGUCGCCAACAGGCUCGCCAUUCAAGUUUCCUCCUGUAGUGGAUCGAGAAGGUGAUCAUCAGAUGAUCGACCCUACUUCACUCCGACUGCCAUCCUCUACACCUGCCUCAUCCACCACGUCCUGCGGUACACCCGAAUUCAGCCACGAUAGCAAUAUCACACCUCAACCCACGACCAAUAUUGAUCACUCAGCUGGAGCGUCGGCAUUCUGGACUAAUGCAGAUACGAACAAUUCCGCUCAACCAUCCACGAACUUACCCAUGACACCACUGUGGUCAUUUGACCAUCUGAAUAACCCUUCUAGUACCGGUACGACCACUCCCUCUAUCGAAAAUUCCAGCAAUUCGGAAGGGAUGGACUCGACACAUACCACUCCAGCUUCGGCAAGUACAAAGUUUCAAUACCCCUUCUCGACCACUACUUCAGGAAUGAGAUCUGCGAAUCCUAAUAUGUUAUUUCGUAAUAAUGAUUUGGUACAAACCCCCUCAACUGCCAAUACCCAAUGGUCCGGUGCGACUAACCCAGCUUCCGCUAUGGAUCAUGCGUUUAUGCCGCCUCCGCCACCUAACACCUCUGCAUCACACGGUAUGCACCAUACCUCUCAUAUGUCUUUGACAGGUCUUUCACCGAUGUUAGCUGGGUUCACCACUUCAAGUCCGACUUUCGACCAGAAUUUGCAGAGCCAGAUCUCUGCACAUGGCGCCGGAGCAGGAUCUGCUGCGCCCUCGCCUAUCAAUCCUCAGCUUAAUCGACCUGGUGGACCCAUACGGACGUUUUCAGCCAGUGCGGCUAUUCCUCAAACGAAUAGGAAGCGGUCAAAUACCCUAAUGACCUUGGCUUCGUCUUCACCUUCCUCUUCAUCUUCCGCCACGCCCAAUUCUUAUCCCUACCCCUCACCUAGAUUUCCCAAUUCCUUGAUGAACAAUCAUCCUCAUCCGCACGUUCACCCUUCGAGCUUAUCUCAGCCUACUCGACUGAGCAGACAACCCUCUGUACCGAUCAUGACGGGCGAACCAACGAAACGGGUAUUUCAUCCUAGUCCAGCGACUGCUAUAUCACCUGCCAUUGGAGUCGAUCUCACUCAUCUGCCAAUGGAUAACGAUGGGUUUGGAGCACACAGAAUGAGCAUGGGUAUGGGAAUGGGCAUGGGAAUGGGAAUGGGAAUGAGACCGACACCUCCGAUGGAAGCUAAACCUCCGAGAUUCAAACCUACAAAGGAACAAUUGGAAAUCCUGAUCAAAUCGUAUGAGGAGAAUAAGAAUCCCGAUGGACCAGCUAGAGAAGCUCUCGCUAAGAGAUUGGGUCCAGAUGUGAGACCCAAAACUUUGCAAAUUUGGUUCCAAAACAGACGAUCAAAAUCCCGAGCGAAAGAAAGAGAUGCCAAUAUGUCUAAGUCUCUACAUACUCGAGGUGGUAAUUCUUCACAUGGACACCGAUCGUCAGCCUCUACCAGUACAUCGAAAGGAGGUUCGAACAAAGGAGUAGAUAUCGACGCAUUGAGGGGUCUGAUUCAUGAUGACGAUCCCAACCUGGUUAUUCUUCCCAUAACUGUCCUGUCAAUUGCCAACUGGACGAGGUUCCUCAUGCCUGGUACAGGUAUUUCUCAUCCUGAUUUAGCAGCUUCUAUGCGUUUCACACCCUCCGCGCAGCCUUCUUUGUACCUUUACGUUGUACAUCAGACGGAUACGUUCAGAAUCGAGAUACCGAUCAGCACAACUUCGAUAUCGAACUUGCAAUCAGUACAGAAUCCAUCUCUAAAUACAGAAGCUGUGGCGAUCAGUUUCGAGCUGUCCAUGAACACUGCCAAGUAUGCUGCAUGGAAUGGAGAUGACUCACCAACGCCUCAAGGGGUUUGGAAACAAGUUGGCGAUUUCACUGGGGAAGAGACGAACGGUGGCGGAAGAUGUGAACUGACAGGUGAUAAAGAAGUAUUACUAUCGGCAUUCUCACGAGUGCAAGAACAUCUGUCUUCUCAGAUCUUCCCGAACAACAUGGGAGGCACAAAUCCAACAAGAUCAUCGUCUGGCAGCUCUUGGAGAUUCCCCUCAAUGUCGGCCUCAACUUCGUUCUCAUCCACUGCAGGAGGCGGAGUACAGACUCCACCACUUGAAUUACCCAUUUUGGGUCACUUACAAUCUACUGCACACUAUCAACAUCAGAGACAACGAUCCUUCUCCCAACCAGAUAUGAAGUUUUCCUCUUCGGGUGCAAGUAGUGAUUCAAGCUCGCUGAGCGAAUUUGAAUAUACUAGCAAAGCGAUGGAUUUUGCUCAAAAUCAGAAUCAACCCCAAAUAACAUCCGGUCAAGUACCCUUACCUCUCUCUAGCGCGACAAGUACAUCUACCAAUCCCAGCACAGCCACAACCACGUUCGAUCAUGUUGAUACAUUCUCAAAUCCGAAUCAACCAUUUUCGUCAACUUGGAUUUCACCCGAAAUCAACUUAUCUAUGAAUACCGGCGGGCAUGGAGGAGGGUCUUCGUCGAAUUGGGGAUUCACAAGUUCCGCUGAUACCAACUCUCUAUCAUCGACUACUCUAAAUCCAUCGACUCUAUCUAUGGGCCCUGUAACGAUGUCAACGGCCGGAGAAGGCAAUUUCAAUCAAUUCGCCACUUUGAAUUCAGGAAUAAACAACCCUCUUUCCCACUUGCAGAAGAAUCAAUACAUGGGUGAAAACCAGAGUGAAGGUUCGAGCGAGAUGGAUCUGGGGACUCCACCAUUCGAAUUUGAAGAUAAGUCGCGGGCUACGACGGUGAAUCUGGAUGAUCUAGGUGGUGGAGGCAAGAAAGGGAAGGAUAGGUUUUUGGGAGGAUUGGAAUCUGGUAAAUUGUAG